GCGUGUAUUGCUGUAAGAUAUUGACGAUAGGCCAUCACUUUCUAUCCUCAUCACCAUCCACUCAUACAAAAACACAUUCAUAGCAAAAUAUCAGACGCCAUGGAUUCUGCUGCGAGCAAUCCAAUACUCACUUUGACUAAUUCGCUACGCUUUAUCUUCUUCUGUGUUAUCAUCUUCUUCUUCUUCGUCCCUGCGAAGCCUGACCCCUCUUCAUCAUCAUCAUCAUCAUCAUCAUCAAGAAGCUGGUUUAAUGCAGAAGCAGAAGCAGAAGAAGCUGUGGGUUAUGGGUACAGCAUUGCAAGUGUGAGCACCGACGUGUCGCGAAGAUCUCUGAGCGCUAUUCUUCAUCUCAUCAAGCCAUCCGCUGUUUAUGGACCUGACAUUCCUUUCCUCUCCCUUACCGCCAGUUUCGAGAGCAGAGACUGGUUUAGAGUAAGAAUCAGCGACGCAACAAAACAAAGAUGGGAAAUCCCACAACAAGUGAUUUCUCGUCCUUCCUUUUCUCCUCACCGUUCCCUCUUUGCUCAAAAUCUGCCUUCCCACCUCAAUCAACAUCGCUCACAAUCACAACUCUCCUUGAUUCAUCCCAACUCAGAUUUAAUCUUCACCCUCCACAACACCACCCCUUUUGGAUUCACGAUCACUCGCAAAUCCUCAAGCGACAUCAUCUUCGACACAUCCCCAAACCCAGAAAAUUCAUCAACAUUUCUCAUCUUCAAAGACCAGUACCUUCAGCUCUCUUCCUCGUUACCCAAAAAUGGGGCCUCUUUGUACGGUCUUGGAGAGCACACUAGAAGUUCCUUCAAGAUCCAACCCAAUCAGGUCCUUACAUUGUGGAAUGCUGACAUCGCUAGCUCUAAUCUCAAUCAGAACCUUUAUGGGUCCCACCCAUUUUACAUGGAUGUUCGUUCUGAUUCUGCUGAUGGAAGAGUCAAGGCUGGGACCACUCAUGGGGUUUUGCUACUCAACAGUAAUGGAAUGGACAUAAUCUAUCAUGGUGAUCGUAUCACUUACAAAGUUAUCGGAGGGAUUCUUGAUCUUUACUUUUUCGCCGGACCCACGCCGGAGUUGGUGAUGGAGCAGUACACAAAACUCAUUGGCCGCCCUGUUCCAAUGCCAUAUUGGUCCUUUGGCUUUCAUCAAUGUCGCUAUGGCUACAAGAAUGUAGCUGAACUUGAGUAUGUCGUUGCUAACUAUGCAAAAGCAGGCAUACCCCUGGAAGUAAUGUGGACAGAUAUUGAUUACAUGGAUGGCUAUAAGGAUUUUACACUUGAUCCCAUCAACUUUCCCCUAGAUAAGAUGAGAGAGUUUGUCAAUGCUCUUCACCAGAAUGGUCAAAGAUAUGUUCUAAUUUUGGAUCCAGGUAUAAGUACAAACAAGACAUAUGAAACCUUUAUUAGAGGUUUGCAGGGUAAUAUCUACAUAAAGCGUAAUGGAAUCAAUUACUUGGGUGAAGUUUGGCCUGGACCAGUUUACUUCCCUGACUUCUUAAAUCCACACAGUCAACCAUUUUGGGAUGGGGAAAUCAAAUUAUUUCAUAACCUUCUUCCUUUUGAUGGCCUUUGGCUUGACAUGAAUGAGAUAUCCAAUUUCAUCACUUCACCUCCCUUUCCAUUUUCUAACCUUGACAACCCUCCUUACAAGAUAAACAAUGCUGGAAUCAGGAGACCCAUAAAUAAUAAGACAAUUCCAGCAACAUGUUUGCAUUAUGGUAACAUCACUGAGUAUGAUGCACACAACUUUUAUGGACUCAUGGAGUCCAAAGUAACAAACAAAGCCUUAAUUGAUGCAAUUGGUAAAAGGCCAUUCAUUCUUAGUAGAUCGACUUUUGUAAGCUCAGGCAAGUAUACAGCCCACUGGACAGGAGAUAAUGCUGCUACAUGGAAUGAUUUGGCAUACUCAAUACCAGCCAUCUUAAAUUUUGGAAUCUAUGGAAUCCCAAUGGUUGGAGCAGAUAUAUGUGGUUUCUCAGGAAAUACAAGUGAAGAACUUUGCAGGCGUUGGAUCCAGUUAGGAGCCUUUUACCCCUUUGCAAGGGAUCAUUCAAGCAAAGAUACAAUUCAUCAAGAGCUUUAUAUUUGGCCUUCAGUUGCUGCAUCAGCUAGAAAAGUGCUUGGUCUUCGUUAUCGCCUCCUCCCUUACUUCUACACAUUAAUGUAUGAAGCACAUGAAAAAGGGAUCCCCAUUUCGCGACCCCUUUUCUUUUCAUUUUCAGAGGAUGUCACUACUUAUGAUAUAAGUUCACAAUUUCUACUUGGCAAGGGGGUGAUGGUUUCACCUGUGCUAAAGCCCGGAGCAAUAACCAUUGAUGCUUAUUUUCCCAGAGGAAGCUGGUUUGACCUCUUUAACAACUCAAACUCAGUGACUGUUGAGACAGGCAUGAAUGUAAGGCUUGAUGCGCCACCAGAUCACAUAAAUGUUCAUGUUCGUGAGGGUAAUAUUUUAGCUUUGCAGGCUGAAGCCAUUACAACAAAAGCUUCCCGUAAGAUGCCAUUCCAACUGCUGGUCGUUAUUAGCAGCAGCGAAAAUAGUUCUGGACAAGUAUAUUUGGAUGAUGGGGACACAGUGGACAUGGGGGGAGAGAAAGGACAGUGGACACUUGUAAGAUUUAAUGGUGGAUUAUACAAUAAUAGCGUUUUUGUUGCAUCUGAAGUUGCAAAUGGGAAGUUUGCUCUUGAUCAAGGGUGGAUCAUAAGUAAAGUAACUUUCUUAGGGAUAUCUAAUGGAAAGAGUUUGAACAGAAAAAGCUGGAAAAACAAACAACUGAGCUUUUUGAAAGGAACAAAUACCGAACAGGCAAUUGUGAAGGGACAAUUUGACAGUUCCAGCCAGUUUAUUAUCGUUGAAAUUUCUGGAUUGUCCCUUCUUAUUGGAGAGGAAUUUGAGUUGGAAGUUGUAGUUCCGUAAGAGGAAGUCUAUUAAAACCAUAGUAUUAUGUGGCUAUUGUUGUGCAUUUUCCCCAUGUUUGAACCCAAAUAAUAAUGCUCUGAAUUUGUCUGAUGAUAAAGGUUGCUAUCAGAAUGGCCAUGGAGCUUAAGCUAUUUCCUAUCCUCAAGUUUUUGUCCAUCUAGUAGAGGUGGUCAAUACCUGGUGUUUAUCCUUACCUUCUAUUUCUCCAGUUUAGCGUUGCCUUAAGGAUUUGGUUUCAUUGCCUUUUGGGCACUUGAUUUUUUCAUAACAUCUCAUAUAUAUGGACAUAGUGCUAUAAAAUACUUGACGAUGAUUUGCACCAUGUUUGGGGCAUUGUAAAAGGUUGGAUGUGAUGGCACGUAUUGAUGCCAAGUAUGGUCAUUUUAUACACGAGAGGAAUUUUCCUUUAAUUU